GUGUUUGGGAGCUUAAAUUGACCUAUUGGCUUCAGAUUAUGUCUUCAGAGAUUGGAACAGGAGUUGUUGCAAUUGAUUGAAACCAUUAGAAGAAUAACGAGAACCAAUCUGCUGAACCCAACCAGCAUUAAAGCAACUAUUAGUCUGGAGUCCUGUCAGGCCCGGUUCUCUAGCAAACACCUCCUGUUGUGAUUGAUUUCAGGGAAAAACAUUUCCUGGUAUCUCAGGUUCCCUCUAAUAAAAGGCCUCAGAGAUUUUCUGCUCCAUUUUCUUUACCAAAAGCUUCCAACGUGACCGUCACAGGAACUUUCUCUCCGUCAUAAACCUGUUAGAGCAACUUUGCGCCACAAACACGUCUCCCUGUCCAAGGGCCCAACCUCCUGUCAUCGACCAUCACCGAGGCCACGUUUACUGCUUCACUGCCCGGCCCUCCAGGCCACUCUGACAGCAUGCGCUUCCUAACCGCUCAGAUUAUUCUGAAUCAUUUCACUUAAGGGCCCAGAUGCUACCUGUCUGUUGGCCUUUGCUGAGAGGGUGAUUAAGGCAGGCUGGUGUGGGGUAAAUGCGCCAUACUUCUGCCUGAGUGGCUGCGUCUCCUUAUCUGUCAUCAUGUCGUGUGCACCUCGCCCCCAACGCGCCCACUUGGUGGCCACCGCCUCCUUUGUUGCUGUUGUCAUCCGACGGUGGAGCUUUUACUUCUGCGUCAGAGAUGAGUGCGCACCAUGGAGGAAGAGCUCGGCUCGCCCUCCAUCACUGACCAGCAGAACGCGAGCAGAGACGACACCAGGACGGACGUCCAGGUGGUCUGCUUGGCUUAGAUGCUCUUGUUUGAUCGGUCAUGGUAAACCAAGAGAAACCUUGGUUCUUCAGCAGACUCGUCUAAAGAGAUGGAUCUUACGGUCUUGGACUGCGUUGCUCUUUCAGUUUACAGCUUCACCUUCCUGCUGGGACUUCCUGCCAACCUGCUCGUCUUCUUCGUGUACAUCCGUAAGGCUCGCAAACACGGUGCCACGCCCAACGUGGUCUACGCCCUUAACUUGUGUCUGGCCAACCUGGCACUCGUAGCCUGGAUGCCCGUAAAGGUUCUAGAGACGGUGCUGAAGGACUGGAUGCUGCCACCACCCUUGUGCCCAGUUUACACCUUCUUCCUCUACUCCUCUCUGUACGUCAGCUGCCUCUUCAUCACCGCCGUCACGAUUGGGCGAUACCUCAGCAUCGCCUUCCCCAUCAUCUACAAGAGAUACCGCCGUGCCAGACUGUCCUGCUACAUCUGCGUCGCCUUGUGGGCAUUGGUGCUGGUGCACCUUGGGCUUAGCCUGAUGGCUGAAGGCGGGGCUUAUUUUAUCGGUGUCCAGGAUGAAGUCUCUGCCUGUUACGAAAAUUUCAACGCAACGCAGCUGAAGAUCCUGCUUCCCCUUCGCUUGGAGAUGGCCAUCGUCCUGUUCAUUUUGCCUCUGAUUGUGACUUCCUUUUGCACGCUGCGCUGCGUCACUCUGGUGUGGCGCUCAAAUUUGCCUCCUUUGGGCAAGAGGAGAGUCCUGGCAGUGGCCCUGUCCACAUUGGCCGUGUUUGUGAUCUGCUAUGCCCCCUACAACUCCUCGCACAUCGUAGGAUUUGUUCAGCAGGAAAGCGUUAAAUGGAGGACAACAGCAAUACUGACGAGCUCCUGCAAUGUCUUCCUGGAGCCAGUGGUGAUGCUGAUGCUUUCACCUGUUGUGUCGAGGGGCAUCCUGGGAAGAAUCUGUGGCCAGCAGAGUCACAUCAGGUGGAGCGAUGGGAGUCGACAUCGAGCAAAACCCACCAGCAGGUUUGCAAACACCAAGGUUCCACCUAUAACAUCUGCCAAGAUGCGGACGGAGGCCGAGGUGACGAGAGAAAGUCAAGGAUGCGACGGCGAACAAAACAAAUCCACCAUCUUUCAUAUCCAUGUCUGAACCAGCAGAUUUGGGAACUUUAUUGUUCCCAAUCAUGUUUCCUGUAGCUUUCAACCAAAUGUUUCAGUGGAUGAAAGAAACUGGUGAACAUGACAGAGUGAGGAGUCAUGAUUUCACCAGUUUUUACCAUGACUCUUUUUAUUUCCUGAGAGCAACAAACCAUUAUUCCUCAGGAACGUAUGGAUUUAAAGUUGAAUUAGUCUCUUUUUUUAAAAGCAGCAGCGUCAUUUGAUCAUUAGGCAAACCGAUCCGUUUGUCCUCCAACCAGCAGUUACUGAAAUUUUCAUUUCUCUUUUAUAACUGAUCUAUAUAAAACACCAUUAAGUCAAAUGUAAAAGAUUUAUCUACAAUUUAAUGUCUAAAACCAAUUAAUCCCAUUAAUAUAUCAGUAAAUGUUUCUCAAUCGUCAAACAUGAAGUUUUUCUCAGAAACCUUGUUUGUGUUUGGACUGUUGUUGGAGUCCAAGAGCAAACAGGAAAGAUUCUUAAAAGCGUUUUUAUUUGAACUGGAUGUUUUCUGUGCAGCCUCUUAAUGGUUUGUUUUUACAACUGAUGCAUUAAAAAUGAACUGAAUUAAAUUAAA